AUGAUUUGUGAGGAAAUAAAAUUUAGAUCGUAUGGAAUUUCUAGAUUUAGAAUAGAAUUGAAUAAUCGUCCUAAUUAUGAAAAAGAAUGUAUGUAAUUAAGAAAAAGAGAUGAAGUUGAUAAUAAAAAGGAUUAAUUUAAAAUCUAAAAGUUGUAGAAAGAAUAAAACAAUUUAUGGAGAUUAAGAGUGUAGAAUACAUAAGAAUAUCAAAAAAAGUAAAUAAAUAAAAAAUAUCGAUCAAAUACAAUUGAUACCGAGAAUAACAAAAUAUUUGAUAGUUAAAAAUGCGUUUAGGUAAUAUAUAGUACUCCAUAGAAAGUAAUGAAAUUAAAAUAGAAGUAGAAUUAGUAAGAUGUAAGAUUAUUGAAAAUAAAAUUAGGAGAUUGUAUAAUUAAAUAGAUCUAUAGAUUGUAAAAAUAUGAAUGAAAUUUUAAAUGAAAAAAAUCAGAUUUACAAAAGAAGAACCUUAAGAUUAAGUUUAAUUUGA